GGCUAUAAUUUAUUAUUAUAAACCUAUUGUUGACGCUUUGCCGAUUCAACGGAUUCUUCCUUUAGGAACUCCGCUCGGGUGCGGAACAAAAACAAAAACCGCCGUGGCUUUCCGGGUGGUCUCCCAUCCAGCCGCCUCCCUCCUCCUCCUCCUCCUCCUUCAUCUCCUCCUUUAUCCUCCCCCUCCUGCCCCGCGCGGAGAGGGAAACCGGCUCCGCGCCUGCGCCUGCGCCUGCGCGUGGGGAGGCGGGCGAGCGCGCGCGCGCGCGGGGAGGAGGAGGAGGAGGAGGCGGGGCGCGCGCGCGUGCGCAGUGGCGCCCGCCCUGAGCGGCGUUGCUGGUGCGACCGAAGGGGAGGGAAGAUGGCGGCCGGCGGCAAGGCCUCCUCCUCCGCCUCCUCCUCUUCCUCCUCCUCCUCCUCCUCGGCCUCGUCCUCCUCCUCGGCCGCGGCCCCGUCGUCGUCGUCCGGCACGGCGGCCUUCUCGGCCUCCUCCUCGCCGCCGCCGCCUUCCUCCUCCUCCUCCUCCUCCUCCGGGCUGGAGGCGUCCCUGGACAGGAAGCUGCAGGCGCUGAGCAACACCAUGGAGUCCAUCCAGGGCCUCUCCUCCUGGUGCCUGGAGAACAAGCGCCACCACGCCGCCAUCGCCCGCCGAUGGAUCCACUGGAUGCGCCGCUCCGCCUUCGCUCACCGACUGAACCUCUUCUACUUGGCCAACGACGUCAUUCAGAACUGCAAGAGGAAAAACGCCAUCAUCUUUCGCGACACCUUUGCCGAAGUGCUGCCUGAAGCCGCUGCUCUGGUGAAAGAUCCCUCCGUCUCCAAGUCCAUAGAGAGGAUAUUUAAAAUAUGGGAAGACAGAAAUGUGUAUCCGGAAGAAACCAUCGUCGUUCUCAAAGAAGCUUUAAGCUCCACUUUCAAAUCCCAGAAGCAGCAGAAAGAAACUCCGAGCAAACAGCCAACGAAGUCUUGGAAGAAAUCUCAAACCUCCACCAAUCCGAAGGCAGCACUGAAAUCCAAGAUUGUGGCAGAGUUUCGGCCCCAGUCGCUGGUGGAUGAGCUCCUCUCCCACAAGCUCUCGGAAGACCAGAUCGAGCUGAAGGAGAAGCAGCUGUCCACCAUGCGGGUGGACGUGUGCAGCACCGAGACCCUCAAAUGCUUAAAAGACAAAACCGGAGGGAAGAAAUUCUCCAAGGAGUUCGAGGAGGCCAGUGCCAAGCUGGAGGAGUUUGUCAACAGCCUCGACAAGCAGGUGAAGGACGGCCCUUCGCUGACGGAAGUGCUGGAGAAUGCCGGCAUCUUCUACGAAGCCCAGUACAAGGAGGUCAAGGUGGUGGCCAACGCGUACAAGACCUUCGCCAACCGAGUGAACAACCUCAAGAAGAAGCUGGACCAGCUCAAGGCCACCCUUCCUGACCCAGAGGAGUCUCCCGUCCCCUCGCCCAGCAUGGACGCCCCCUCCCCCACGGGCUCUGAGUCCCCGUUCCCAGGGAUGGGGGAAGAAGAGGCCGCCCCCUCGCCCAAGGUGCCCGCGGCCGAAUCCCCCUCGCCAGAGCUGGCCACAGACAACCGCGACGUGGAGGACAUGGAGCUCUCCGACGCGGAGGAGGAGGCCCCCAAAAUUAUCGUGGAAGAGAGGAAAGAGAAGCCGGCGGCCUCCACCCCGGCCCCCGCCAAGAUGCCCGAGAGCACCUCCAAGGCUUCCCCGCUGUCGGCGGCCAGCCCGGCAGCCACCGCAUCCUCUGGAGCGCCCCCGGCGGCUGCCCCCGUGAUGGCGCCCACUCCCAUCCCUCCUCUGGCCCCCAAGCCGGCGAUCCAAACCCCGCUUCCUCCGUCGCCUGCUCUUCCUCUGCCAAACCUGGCCAACGUGGACCUGGCCAAGAUCAGCUCCAUCCUCAGCAGCCUGACGUCCGUCAUGAAGAACACAGCGGUCAGUCCUGCCUCCAGGCCUUCCCCCAGCACCCCGACCAGCCCCUCCUCCCUCAUGGGCGGCUUGAAGACUCCCGGGACGGGGCCUCUGGGGGCCUCGCCCAACCCCUUGGCCAGCAUCCUCUCCAAAGUGGAGAUCACCCCAGAGAGCAUCCUCUCCGCCCUGUCCAAGAGCCAGGCCCAGGCCACCCCGGGAUUGCAAGGUUUGUCCUCGUUUCUUCAGAGCGUUGCUGGGAAUUCGGGGCAGCCCAAUGAGACGGGCCCCCAGAGCACCUCUCCGGCCCCCACAAACACCCCGACGGCUCCCGGGAAGGGAAGGAACGUCUUGUCCACCACGCAGCCCUUCAUGCCGCAAAGCCUUGGCUAUUCCCCGAAUUCCUCCUCUUCGGCCGAGGUUUCUUCCACCUCGGUCAACAAGAUGUCCUCCGGACACGGCCCAGGGCUCUCCGGCUUCAAGCCCCCCGUCAAUUCCCUGGACUUCCCCAGCUCCCAGGCGCCCAGCCUGUCCCUCCGGCCGGCGGAGCCCCCGACCCCUCAGUCUUCGGAAAUCUCGGAGACCAAGAUGGAGCCGGAGCCCACUUCGCCCAGCCUGGAGAUGAAGAUCCAUAACUUCCUGAAGGGGAAUCCGGGCUUCAGCGGCCUGAAUCUGAACAUCCCUAUCCUGAGCAGCCUGGGCUCCUCCAGCCUGCCGCCCGAGAGCCAGUCCUCCUCCUCGCCGGACUUCAACCGAGGGCCCACCAGCACUUCCAUGGACAGCAUAGACGGGACUCCGGUGCGGGACGAACGGAGCGGGACGCCCACGCAGGACGAGAUGAUGGACAAGCCGUCCUCCAGCAACGUGGACACCAUGUCCCUGCUCUCCAAGAUCAUCAGCCCCGGCUCCUCCACCCCGAGCAGCACCCGCUCGCCCCUCCAGAGCCGGGACGACGGCUACCCGCAGGAGCUGCCCAAUUCCGCCUACAGGCCUUUCGGUCUGAGCCGGGAUUCCCCCGCCGGGAUGUACAAGCCGUCCCCGGACGGGAUGGAGUUGCCGUCCUCACUGAUGGACUCCCCCCAGGAGAAGUUCUACCCCGACACCUCCUUCCAGGAGGACGAAGACUACCGCGACUUCGAUUACUCCGGCCCCCCGCCUUCUGCCCUGAUGAACCUGGAGAAGCAGCCAGCCAAGUCGAUCCUAAAAGCGGGUAAGCUCUCCGACCCCUCGGAAUACCCAGCGGUCAUGUCCAGCUACCGGCCGAGGCCCUCGGGGUUUGGCCUGAAAGGGCCUUUUCCCCAGCCGGGCCGAUCUCUCCACGACCAGAACGACAGCUGCGAUCCUCUGCCCUCCACGGGAAUCUAUGGGAGCUACGCCCUGCGGGGAAACGACUCCGGCUCGGACGCCUCCCCGACGCCCAGCAAGAACGACGUCUUCUUCCCGCCGGAUUCCAACCACAGCGGCUUGCCCAAACCUACUCAGCAGCAGCAGCAGCAGCAGCAGCACUCGGGGCUGCUCCAGAAGCCGUACCCCGACUCCCCCCACGUGGCUCCCCAGAGGUCCCUCUUCUCGCCUCAAAACGCCCUCCUGAGCCCCACCGGCCGGCUCCCGACCUCCAACGCGGAGAAGUCCGUCCUCUCCGCCAUCUCGGCCACCUCCACCAUAGAGUUCAAGAAUAUGCUGAAAAAUGCCUCCCGGAAGCCCUCCGAGGAGGGCAAGCACUUCGUCCAGGGGCCCAAAGGGGGCGCCAGCGACGUACCCGUCCUUUCUCCAGGAGGGGAGCUGCUGAAGCAGGCGGAGGAGCACUUCCGGAUCGAGACCAGGGUCUCCUCCUCCUGCCUAGACCUGCCCGACAGCACGGAGGAGAAGGGGGCUCCCAUCGAGACGCUGGGCUACCACAACAUGGCCAGCCGGGGGAUGUCCGGGGAGCCCAUCCAGACGGUGGAGUCCAUCCGAGUGCUGGGGAAGGGCAGCCGGGGCCACGGGCGAGAGGCCCCCCGAACAGGCUGGUUUGAGAUGGGCAGUGCGGGCAGCACCUUUGACCACGGCCCUUCGGGGGCGACGGAGAUGCCCCCCCUGGGGUCCGGAGGCGGCGGUGGGGCCGUGUCGAGCUUCCAGAGCCAGUACAAGGACCGGCUGGGCUCCUUUCCGGAGAGCGUCAGCAACUUCCGAGCCGGGGGCUUCGCCGCCCCCUUUGACCGCCACGUCCCACCGCCUCCCCUGGAGCACGGGGCUUCCUUCCCCAGAGACCAGCUGGGGCCGCCGCCCUCGGGCCCUCCGGCCCUCCCGCCCAAGGAUCUCAGCACCCUCUUCUCUAGGGAUCACUCGGUGCCCCCCCCACGGAUGCCGGCGGUGGAUCGGCCCAGCCCCUUCCCCAAGGAGGCCUCCUCCCCGCUGACGCUGCCUCACGGGGUGCCUCCGCCCCCGCCCCCGCCCCUCGAACGCAGCGGGGUGCCGUUCCCCCCCCAGCCGCCCCCGCCCCUCCCAGGGGAACACGGCGGGGUCCCUCCCUUCUCCAGCCCUCCGCCCCCUCCCGGAGACCUCGGCCUCCCCUUCCCGGCUCCCCCCAUGGCUUCCGAGCACGGGGGCCUCCACCAAGGAACGAUGAAGGAGCAUUUUAGCCUGCCGCCGGGAGCCCCCCGGGAUCCAGGGGCCCAGCCUCCCUGCGACCACAGCGGCCAGCCCCUCGGCCGGGGCCGGGAGGGCCUGGGCAUGGGGCCCCUUGCCCGAGACGCCCUGGGCUCUGGCCUCUCUGUGGGCUCCCCGGUAUCCGCUCAACGGAACGGCACCAACCGAGGCGGGCUGGGGCUCAGGAACCAGCGGCCGGAUUUUAGGCCCCGGGAAUUCUUCCUCAACCGAGACCCCUUCAACAGCCUGAAACGGCCACGGCCCCCCUUCGCCCGGGGCCCUCCCUUCUUCGUCCCCAAGCGCCCCUUCUUCCCCCCCAGGUACUGAGCGGGCAAGGGGUGCCCGAACUCUCCAGAGCAGUGCAACAGGCACUCCCCGCCACCCCCACCACCCCCCGCCCAGACCGAAAGGGCCCCGCGGCUGGAGGGAACUCCUCUGACGCAACACACGCAAACAUAUAUAUAUAUAUAGAUGCAUAUAUAUAUAUAUAUAUAGAUAUAUAUAUUUUGUUCUGUUCGUUUCUCGACUUUCUUUUUCUCCGUAGAGGGGAAGGGAAGCUCACAUCUUUUUUUUGUUUUUCUUCCUGCAAAAGUAAUUUUGAAAGUUAAAUCUUAAAAAAGUGGUUGUUGACAAUAAAAGCUUUCCGAAGUGACUAAAUUAAAUUUAAAACGGGAUUUCUUUUUAAGAUCGGAGCUCCAGAAGGAAAGUGGGACUUUAGCAAGCCCCUCCCCACCCCUCUCUCUAACUCUUCGGGUAAACAGUCCACAAGAAGGAGAAGCCCCCCCCUCCCAAUUCCCCCCCCCCGUUCUCCUCCUGCCUCCGUUUCCCUCUUGCUGGUUCUCUCUUCUGCCCCCUCGUCUCUCUCCCCCCCCCCCGGCUAAUCUUUCUUUUCUUUUGCAGUCUUGUAGGUUUUUGACCGUUCUCAGGCCCGUCUCCAGUCGCUGAGGACCAGAAUUCUCUGAUGGACUCAAUGGCUCUUUUGCUUGGUCUGGAGACAGGAGACCAGAAGGUGGGCAGUAGCCAGGCCCUGCUCUGCCUUUUCUUGGGGUGAGGGGGCUUGUGGCUCGUGGGAGCUGAGCGGGAGUGGAGGGGGGGGAAGAGGGCAGGGCAGGUCCUGUGGGGCAAACCCACCUUCUCCCCCUCACCCAAACCAGGUUUUGCUUGGUUGGAGGCCUCUGCUGCCCUUCCCCUCCAGAAGCCUUAGGAGUGGGCUGGCUUCAGUCAGGAGGUCCAUGCAAAUCAGCCCCCCCCUCCCCAAAAGGAAGCCCCCUGAGCUUUUCUCUCCCUUUGGUUUUCUUUCCUUCCUUCCUUCCUUCCUUCCUUCCUUUCUUUCUCUUUCCCCUCUUCCUAAAAUCCAGCUGGUGGGAGCCACAGAGGUGGUGACGGAGAGAUUUGAAAUUUAAAAGGGGAGGGGAGGGGUGGAAAAAUGGAUGCAGGGAUGGGAGGUGGGGAAUUCCCCCCCCCCCAGGAGAUGCUGUGCCCAUGGCCUCUUUGGAAUGAACAAAGUGAAAAUAACCAAGAAUUAGAGUGCCCUGCUCCUCCCUCCCUUCCUUCCUUCCUUCCUUCCUUCCUUCCUUCCUUCCUUCCUUCCUUCCU